CGUAUACAUUUCGUGUCCCAGAGAAAAUGUAGAGGACAGUGUCUGUCACCGUUGAGUUCGAAAGGCAAUCCGCCAAACGAACAAACAAACAAAUUCUCAUAAUCGCCAGUCCAUCCAUGGAAGACAACACAGCGGCAUCAAAUCUCGAUCUCAAUGACACUAACAACGCUGCCUUAAUCGACGGUUUCUGCGAGAUCACCUCUUCUUCUAAACAAGAAGCCCUCUUUUUCUUAGAAAGUCACCAAUGGGAUCUCGACUCCGCCAUCUCUACCUUCAUGGACAGCGACUCCGACCCUCCUCUCGUAACCGCAAUCCCUCCUCUUCCUUCUCAUCCUGUUAACUCUCCUUCUCCGUCCCCUCUACAGUCUCACUCUCCCUCCCAGUCACCGUCUCGCUCUCGCUCUCCUUCUCGGGCUCCCAACAGGCCAAGAUCGAGAGAUAAGAAGCCCAGCGCUAAUCGGACACGUGGCGGAGUCAGAACGCUUGCUGAUCUUAAUCGGAUUCCUGAUGGUGGGUCCGGUAGCGAUGAUGAUGAUGAUGAUGAUGAUGAUGAGCCGCAGCAGUAUUAUGCUGGUGGUGAAAAGAGUGGAAUGCUGGUUCAAGACCCUACCAAACGUCACAAUGUGGAUGCAAUUUUUGACCAAGCUAGAAAUUCAGGAGCAACUGCUGAUUACCUUCAGCCGUCUUCAAGUUCGAGAAGCUUCCCUGGAACAGGGAGAUUACUUUCAGGGGAUACAACAGUUCCACCUGCUCCUCAACCACCUGCAGCUGUCAAUCACACUGUCACUCUAUGGAGGAAUGGGUUCACCGUGGAUGAUGAUGGUCCUUUAAGGAGGUUUGAUGAUCCUGCUAAUGCCUCCUUUUUGGAAAGCAUCAAGCAGUCUGAGUGCCCGAAAGAGCUUGAACCAGCAGACAGGAGGGCUCAAGUGCAUCUUAAUCUCAUGAGGCGAGAGGAAAACUACUCUGAACCAGAGAAGCCUCAGGUUCCUUUCCAAGGUGUGGGAAGAGCUUUGGGUAGCACCAGCACCCCUGCCGGCCCUGCUGCCUCUGAGCCAACUGUUGCUGUUGCUUCUCUCAAGGCUGCUCCCCACCCAACCCCAGAUCUAGUUAUAGAUUCUUCAUCACCCACUACCUUAAUUCAGCUCAGGUUAGCAGAUGGCACUCGCAUGGUCCCUCGCUUCAACUUAAACCAUAAUAUUAGAGAUAUACGAGCCUUCAUUGAGGCAUCAAGGCCAGGUGGGGCAAGCACUUAUCAACUGCAGAUAAUGGGAUUCCCUCCAAAACUACUCACUGAUCUUGAUCAGACGAUCGAGGAGGCCGGCAUAGCUAGCUCUGUUGUUAUCCAGAAAUUCUAACUAGGUUGCUGGUGGAAUUUUCUUCCACUUGAUUGGAUUCAUGACACUUACAUUAAAUAUGCUUUUAUUUCCAAA